AUGGACAUGCAGUUAGCCCGAAAUUCUGGGGUUAGGGUUUCUUCGAAUUCGAUGGAGGGCGACGCCGUUUCGGGGUCGAGGGUGUGCAUAAACGACGUUUUGACGGACGACUCGCUGCGUUUGAUUGUGGGGAGGGUUGAGAGCAGACGGAAACCAAGAAGAUCGCCGCACGUGCGGGUCGAAGAAUGGUUGAUAGGGCUUGUUCGUCUUCUCUCAAGUGGGGAUGGAACCAUAUUAUCCUUGGCCAAAUACUGUGCUAAUUUGGAGACUUUACUCAUUAGUGGUUGCUGGCUAGUCUCCGAUGAUGCGGUAAAGUCGCUGGCUACUGCUUGUGGUAGCAGCCUUAAAGUCUUAGGGUUGGAUUCGUAUGGAAACAUUUCUGAUUCUACAGUGAGUUGUAUUUUAAGGCAAUGCAGAAACCUUGAGGCGCUGAACAUUGCUGGCUGUACAAAGUUGAUUGAUGCUGGCUGCUCUUCAUCUUAUAAGCAAUGA